AUGCCCGCCAGGCGGACUCCAAAGGUCGAGGCACUGGUUGUAAACGCUAUACGUAGACUGCAAGAUGUCCAAGGCUCGACGUCGCGGGAAAUUAGUAACUAUAUUUCCCAGGAGUACGAUGUUCCUAAAGAAGAUAUCAGACGGCAGGUUCGAGUCGCUUUAGAACGCGGCUUGUCCUACGGAAUCCUGCAGCGGUCCAGGAGCGGAUACUAUUCGUGCAAUCGCGAUUACCUCGGACAGUUAUCGUUGGGGGAUGGAACGGGUGACGGAGUGAUGGAACCUUGUCCAGCUCAACCUUGGCGAUUCGGCGUACGUAAGAGGAAAAGAGAAAAGGCAAGAGCAAGAAAAAGAGCGAGGGAAAGGAGAGAGAGAGAAAGGAGGGAAAAGGAAAGGAGAAAGAGAAUGAGAAGGAGAAGCGCGAGACGAAGAAGAAGACGUAGGAGACCAUCACGCGCCAGACGGAGGAGAGGCAGACCUCGAAGGAGACGCAGUAGAAGAAGAAGAAGGGGAGGAAGAAGGAGAAGAACGAGAACCAGAGGAAGAACUAGAACGCGCACUGAUCCCGGCGAGAUAGAAACCGAGGCGAUGGUUCCGGAAUCGAGGGAAAAUGAAACUUUCAAAGAUGCCUCGCGCAAAAGCGAAACAUCCAUAUCCGAAUAUUCGGACGAAAUGCGUUUGCAAGAUAAUCCUCAAGAUCCUCAGUCUUCAAAUACGUCCGGUGACGUUUAGGAAUCAGGGCAGGGCAAAGUUUCUUUCAGGAAAUAUAUGUAAAUCAAUGAGCGAAUUAUUCAUUCGUAUUUUGACGCACAAAGCAUUUUACACAUUUAAUUGUGUGAAUCUUGCACAGAUAUAUAUUUAAAUUACAAUAUCCAAGACAGCCUCUUAUACUGUUGUAAACUCUACGCAAGUUUUGAAAUCUCAUGUAUUUAUAUAUGUCCUUUUACUUUAAUAUCUUUUAUAUUAAUUAUUAUAAUUGACUUUGUAUAACAUGUAACUUGUUGUUAAUUCUUUGUACGUUCUUCGGGUUACGAGAAAGAAAAAGGCGCGAUUUUGAGGUGAGAGAAAGAGACAAAGAGAGAUUAAUCGAAAUUACGCUGCCCAUCACGUGGCAUUGAAACUCGAGCCCCCUGAGAAAUGGCGCACGGGGCCCGCGGCGCCUGUCGACAGACCUGAACACGGCCUUGUCGGCUAAUGAUAGUCGCGCUAAUGACGAGUCUGCACACGCAUGUACGCUCGCACCGCGUGACUAUUUCGCCUAGCAACUCUAGGACUAGACGCAAGAUGCAUCGUGACGGUGUUUCGCAUUGCCAGCUGUGAAUGAUAAGUGCGUGUCACUAGCCAACACAUACGCACAUCUCGAAACGCGGGCGAACGAUGGUAUUUUAGGGGCACAUUUUUUCGAUUUUCAAGAAAAAAAUCCAUUUUUUUUCCAAGGAUUGUAAUUUUCUCAUGUCGGCUAUUUAAAUUCGAUUAUAAAAUUCGAUUUCACGCGA